GUGGUGAUAUCUAUGGGAGCACCAUUCAAACUCUCUCCCUCUCACUUAGAGCGCAGCUUCAGCGGUGCGCGUUUUCUUUACUGUUGCAUAUAAGUUCAACAGGAAGAUGUGUGAUUAAGAUUCCUUUUUUUAUGUGCGCCGGAAGAAGCCAAGCUGAUGGUAUUUUGUUACUUUCCGACUGUAGAUAAGUUGGAGACAUUUUGCGCAAGUCUUACCUGGGCAUUAUGAAGACGUAUCCGGGCUUUUUUCAUUCUUGGGAGAGGAUGCCAACUUGCUGAACACGUGUAAUCCCGGAUUUCUCUUUCUUUUUGGCAAAUUUGCUUAUUUUAGAUUUUUCUUCAGUAAGGCGUUCUGCGUUUUUACGCGUGGCUGGACCAGUACUUUUACGCACAGAAUGGACCGCGCGGGGUUUGCUGUUUUACUGGUUUUCGCUGUUGCACUCGUGGGAGUUAGUGACGGGGGAAAGAGCGCAACAGGUGGGAGGAAACAGGGCGCAGAGACAGCCCAGGCGGUUUGGGAUCAGAUCAAGUCCCAAGUGAAGAGUCAAGGUCAUUCGUCAAAAGGACCCGAGUACGGCGUCUCAUCGAGACCGGCCGUUGAAAAAUCAUUUCCCAGCCAAUCUGGACAUCUAGUCCGCCUUCCCAGGAGCGCAUCAUCUCGAGGGGAUGACGGGCGGUCGUCCAGAGCGGGAUUGGAUCUCACCUCUGCGCCGCGGACCGGUGCGCUGCGCACCGCCAGACACCCGGUCAGCCCGCACAGAAGAAAAGCCAACCGCAGACAGAGCGGAAAAGUCGGCUCUGCAAACACAAGGAGGCUUGUUGGGCCGAAUGUCUGUGGGGGUCAGCAGUGCUGCUCCGGCUGGGCUGUGGCACCAGGAACCAAUCGAUGCAUAAAACCUGACUGCCAGCCCCCCUGCCAGAACCGUGGCUCAUGCAGCAGACCGCAUACCUGCGUGUGUCGGUCCGGGUUCCAGGGGCACCGCUGUGAGGAGAUCGCACCAGAACAAGUGUACAUCCGUGAUGGUGGGACCCUGAGACGUGUUGAACCCGGUACCGACCCUUUCCAGAGAACACCUUCGGGACGGCAAGCUUCAGAUGCCCUUCAGACCUCCCGACCUGCUGUCACGAAACAGCCUGUUCGCAGUGUGUCCCAAGUAAGAAGGGGACCCGCUGACUCCACCCCUCAGCAGACUGGAACCUCCCGGACUGUGAAGCGUUACCCAUCAUCCUCUGGGCCUAUCACAUCCAAUGCGCUACCAAGUGCUCAUGGCAAUGAAAACAGAAACUGGCACGAAAGCAGAAAUGGGCAUACGAGCACACACUCCUUAAACACUCACCGGCCAACCGGGAACAGCCGGACACACGGGCACUCCAGUAAUGCAGUGUCACCCCCAGGAGCCAACCUCACCUCCAACCUGGACCGCAUUAAGAUCGUCUUCACGCCCAUGAUGUGCAGUCGGGUGUGCAGCGGCGGGCGCUGUCACAACAAAUGCGAGAAGGGCGACGUCACCACGGUCUACAGCGAGACCUCACAGCAGCAGCACCAACAGCCAAAGAACCAGGGGUUCAGACUCUUCUUUUGUCAGAUCCCCUGUCUUAAUGGAGGACGCUGUAUCGGCAGGGACCUUUGCUGGUGUCCGUCAAACUCAACAGGGAAAUUUUGCCACCUGCCAUCCCCGAGUCCUGCAAGGCCGACGCCUCAAACUCACAAGAACACCAGGCACCCUGGACAGAAAUCAACAUCGCACUCCAUGUACACCCUACCAUUGUCCAAUCAGCAAGCUUCUCUCUACCCAUCCUUGGUGAAUGUCCAUAUCCAGCACCCUCCAGAAGCUGAGGUCCAGAUCCACCAAGUAGCCCGCGUGCAACCUGGGCAGAGAACAGCUACCACUGAGGGCGCUCAUUCUGUCCAACAGCGCUCCCAACCUGGGAAUGAACACCAACCCACCAACGAGAACAGUAACAGACAGUCACCCACCAACGAGAAUACCAGCAAUCACGACAGGUUACAAAACCGUCGGAACGGGAAUGUGGGAAGAUGUUUCCAGGAAACCGCUGAUGGACAGUGUGGCAAGCCCCUGCCAGGCCUAACCAAACAGGAUGAUUGCUGUGGAAGUGUGGGUGCCUCCUGGGGUCUAAACAAGUGCCAGAAGUGUCCAACUAAACCAGCUUACGCGGUGAUCGCCAACGGACAAGUGGAGUGUACGAAAGGUUUUAAAAGGCUGAACCUCACACACUGUCAAGACAUCAAUGAGUGCCUGUUGCCUGGGAUUUGUAAGAAUGCUGACUGUCUCAACACCAAAGGGAGCUACAGGUGCAUCUGUAAACCAGGCUACAUGUUGGAUCCUGCCAGGAGCCACUGUGUCUCGGACAAAGCGGUGUCACAUCAUCGGUCCUUGUGUUACCGAUCAGUGUCAGCGGGCGCAUGCUCUCUUCCACUUGCUCAGCACAUCACCAAGCAGAUCUGCUGCUGCAGCCGAGUGGGAAAAGCCUGGGGAACUGGAUGUGAUCGCUGCCCUUUGCCAGGAUCAGACCACUUCAAGGAGAUCUGCCCAGCUGGUCAUGGAUACACCUACUCGCUCUCUGAUGUGCAGAUAUUAAUGAGACAGUUGGAGGAAGAUGACCUACAGAACACGGGGAUCUUUUGGGAGGAGGAGAGACCCACUGACCUUCAGCCUCCAUCGUCCUACCCACUAACUCCAGAAAUACCCCAGUACCCCGUCUAUCCAGAGACAUCACUACCACUGCCUUCUUCUCCAGACAUCGAUCACCCAGUCAAAGAGAGACCCCGACAACCACAAGAUGUGGAAAUUCUGAGCCCGCCAUCAGUUGUGACCGACGCACCUGUGGACCAUUCAGACAGUUCUCUGGACUCCACAAUCAUCCAGGGGCCUGAUUCUAAGGACACAACACGCCCAGUCUCAGCCACAGAUAUUGACAAGUGUGCGGUCAUCCCCACUAUAUGUGGUCAUGGGAAAUGCAUUCCUGUACAGACAGGUUAUACCUGCAACUGUGAGCCAGGAUACAAGCUCAGUGCGCUGCAGACCACUUGUAUUGAUGUGGAUGAGUGUGAAGAUGACCCAUGUGAAGGGAAUGGCUUCUGUGUGAACACCUUUGGGUCCUACAUGUGUCAGUGCCACAGAGGCUACAGCCAGGUGAUCACCCAAAACAGGAAAUUCUGUCAAGACAUUGAUGAGUGCAGCAUGCCUAAUAAGUGCCAGAAUGGCAAAUGCCUCAACACAGAAGGAUCUUACACCUGCGAAUGCAACAGUGGCUAUGCCAAGUCUUGGAGAGGCCUAUGCGAAGAUGUAAAUGAAUGUGUAGAUCCUGGUUCUUGUCCCAGCGGGGCCUGCAUCAACACUCUGGGCUCGUUCUUAUGCAAAGCGUGCAGCCCAGGGUUCAGACCACUUAAUGAAAGAUGUGUAGAUAUAAAUGAGUGUUUGAGCCAAACUGUGUGCGGUUCUGGUCAGUGCAUCAACACCGAGGGCUCCUACAAGUGCAACUGUUUCAAAGGAUACAGACUCUCACCGGACAAUGUUUGCCAAGAUGUGGACGAGUGUGUACUCCCUGGAGUUUGCCUCCAUGGCCACUGCAUCAAUUUGGAAGGCACCCACAAAUGCACCUGUAACCAUGGUUACCAAGUCACCUCAGACGGCAAAUCUUGCGAAGAUGUCAACGAGUGCGCGAGGGGUAAUGUGUGCUCAACGGGAAUUUGCAUCAACUCCGAAGGAUCCUACACUUGCCAGAGCUGCAGGCCUGGGUUUCAACCAUCCGUUGAUGGGCUGAGAUGUGAAGAUGUGGAUGAGUGCACCCAGGGUGAUCUGUGUUUGGGUGGCGUGUGCGCUAAUACACAGGGAUCCUACACGUGUACCAGAUGUAAGGCCGGUUAUCAACUGUCUCCAGAUCGGAAGAGGUGUAAAGAUAUUGAUGAGUGUCAGUCCCCGUUAACCUGCUCCAAUGGGAUCUGUCUGAACUCAGAAGGCUCAUACACUUGCGAGGACUGCCCGACAGGGUACAGAGUAGCGUAUGAUGGGGAGCUGUGUGAAGAUGUGGACGAGUGCUUGGUGGCCAGCACGUGCCCAGAACAGCUGUGCUUGAACACCCCAGGAUCUUACGUGUGCAGGAGCUGUGGAGCCGGUUUGCAACCAUCAGACAGUCGGUACAGCUGUGAGGACAUCAAUGAGUGCCAGAGACCAGGUGUAUGCCCCAUGGGUGUUUGCACCAACACACAGGGAUCCUACUCCUGCAUAACCUGUGACCCAGGCUUCAAAGUGUCACCCAACGGCCUUUCUUGCGAAGAUAUCGAUGAGUGUGAAGACACCAGCCGGUGUGUGGGAGGUUAUUGCAUCAACACCGUUGGAUCGUAUAGUUGUUCCUGCCCCACUGGGCUGGAGCUCGUGGAUCAAAACAUCUGCAGAGAUGUCAAUGAGUGUUUAACCAUCAUGGGGAUCUGUGGAGAAGGCGAAUGUCUUAACACCAACGGUUCAUACACAUGCAUCUGUUCUGAUGGAUUUACCACCAAUGCUGGAAGGACCGGCUGCCAAGAUAUGGAUGAAUGCAGUAAAGACAACGUGUGUGUUCGAGGACAAUGUCUCAACACUAUAGGCUCUUACCUGUGUUUAUGCGAGUCCGGCUUCAAGUUCAACGAAGAGACAGCAGACUGUGAAGACCAGAAUGAAUGCAAGGAAUUUGGAAGCUCUGUGUGUGGUACCUGGCGCUGCGAGAACACCAUCGGCUCCUACCGCUGCUUCAUGGGCUGCCAGCUGGGUGUGGAGAGCGCAGAUGCCACAGACUGCGAUAUUGAUGAAUGUGUCAAUGAAACCGUCUGUGGGAACUAUGGCUUCUGUGAGAACACAGAUGGUUCGUUCCGUUGCCAGUGUUACCAAGGUUACACCAACCCACCAGGAGACGUGAGCCGAUGUGUCGAUGUGAACGAAUGUGAGAUGAGCCUGGCGUUGUGCGGGGAGGCCCUGUGUGAGAACUUCGAUGGAAGCUUCCUGUGCAUCUGCCCCAACGACAAUGAGGAAUUUGAUCCCCUCACCAGCCAGUGCCGCUCCCUGGCGGCUGUUAGCCCAGAACCCGCCAUUCGGUUCCCUGUAUCAGCUUCUACAGUCGAGGAGAGGAAAGAGUGCUAUUACAAUUUGAAUGACGCCAACUUCUGCGACAACGUCUUAUCUCACAACGUCACCAAGCAGGAGUGCUGCUGCACGGUGGGCGCUGGCUGGGGGGACAACUGUGAGAUCCACGCCUGUCCUGUUCCUGGAAGAGUGGAUUUUGAUGAGUUGUGUCCUCACGGUAUUGGAUUAUUACCCGUGACUGUGUUCCCUCCACAAGGCCUGCAGGAACAGCGUCCUUACAAAGAUGUGAAUGAGUGUGAGAUGUUUGGAUCAGAAAUUUGUAAGAACGGACAGUGUUCCAAUCUCUUUUCUACCUACACCUGCUACUGCCGCUCGGGUUUCUACUACGACAACAUCCGGCUUGAGUGUGUUGAUUACGAUGAGUGCGAGAUGGAAAACAUGUGCAUCGAUGGAGCGUGCGUGAACACAGCUGGAUCGUUCAACUGCUUCUGCAGUCCGCCGUUAGUCAUUGACAGCACCCGGCGCCGCUGCAUCGCCUUCAACGCCACAGAAGAACUGCUGGAGCAUGAUCUCGACGUCCACGUGGAAAUCUGCUGGCAGGAUCUGGUGGCAGACAACAUGUGUGCCAAUCCUUUUGCAGGACGUAAGACGACGUACACCGAGUGCUGCUGCCUGUACGGCAUCGCCUGGAGCGAACAGUGUGCCUUCUGUCCCAGGAGAGACUCUGAUGACUAUGCAGUAAUGUGCAACCUGCCUCGGAGAGGAGGCUCAGACAGUCUGAGAGAGCGGCCGGGGUACGAGUACAGUCUGGAGGGGACGGAGGAUCCCGCAGAGCCUUUUGUUCCUCCGUACUGGGACAAUUACGGCAACCCGGGAGGGCCCUUUGAGGUUCCUGAGAGUGUACCUCUCUUCACCGAAAAUGACUACAGCCUUCCACAGCCACCUUCCCAUGCUCCCGUCCAGCCGCAGCCAGUGGAUCCUUAUCCGGAUGGCUUCCAUGCGUUCGAGGGUCUCCGAGCGGAGGAGUGCGGAAUCCUGAACGGCUGUGAAAAUGGCCGCUGCGUGCGCGUUCGAGAAGGCUACACGUGCGACUGCUUCGAUGGCUAUGAGCUUGACCUCAGCAAGAUGGCCUGCAUAGACAUAAAUGAGUGUGAAGACAUCAGCGACAAAGUGGCCUUGUGUCAGAACGGGCAGUGCACCAACACUGAGGGAUCGUACACGUGCACCUGUCUGCCCGGCUUCAUGGCCUCUGCCAAACCGCACAAAUGCAUCCCAGCGAUCCCGGAAUCUGGGACGAGGGAGACGGGACAGUGAGUUGGGAGCGCUGCUUCUCCUGCUGCCCUCUUGCAGAAAUCAAUCUCCUACAACCCCAUGCCUCUGCCCUCUGACCCCAGUCAGCACUAAACCUCCGCUGAAACGUCCAAACCCGUUUCUCCGCACGCGCGCAGACUGACAUCCAGCACAGCACACAUUCAUCAACGUUCACUCGCGUUCACACAUGCAAGAGGACCAGGAUUCAUGCAUUGAAUGUAUUCCAUUGGAUUGAUUUUACCACCAGAUAUCCAUUUGCCUUAAAGGGAUUUUGUGGACUAAUCUUAUUUGUUUUUUAACCCCAGGCAACUGUUCCAUGCAGAUAUAUUUUCUGUCACUUUUUUUGUUGUGUUAUUUAUUUCAUGUGCAUGACGGGCCUCUGCUAAUUCAGAAAACAACACAUUAGAGGGCAUACUCGACUCCUCUCAUUGUAUUUGUUACAAUCGACUUCACUGACAGUGUGGAGAGAUUUUAAAUGUUUUGGGUUUUUUGUUUUUUUUGUAAAAGAUUCACAGAACAUACAUAAUAGGAAUUCUGCCACUCUUCCAUCAUAACAUAGUUUGUGAAUAAUUUUGCUGCAGUUGGGCGACACUGUCACAAUUCUUAACUCAUUUUUAUCUCUCUUAGUCGUUGUAAUUAGCUCUGACCUGGGACUAAAUGGUUGCAAGGGGUAACAAACUAUUUUAAUUACAGGACAAUUUUUUCCAUCACUGCCUUUUUUUUCUACACAAUGAACUCAACAGGUGAAGAAUCUUUGGACCAAGAACCCAACUCGACCAAUCACUCACAUUAAAAGUGAACCUGGAAAGACUUUAGAUGUAUAUGAUGAUCUAUAGAUACCGUAAUAUUUUGUAAAAGGUGCAAUAGGUGCAAAGAAACCUUACUUUAUUUGAUACCGUGCAUUGCAUUUUUUUUAUUUCACAAAUACCUGCAAUGAA